CUGGACGGACCCUCUUCUUUAUUUCUCUCCCGAUCCCACUAUCGAUUCUUUGCGCUUUCAAUUGAGCGCACUUUGUUAUCAUGUCUCUUCUUCAAUAUCCCCCACCUGUGGAUUAUUCCGCGCAAUUGAAUGGCUUCAAGGAUUUCUUGAAGGGGUUCAAAACCUUCCAAUCCUCCUCGGAAGCCGCUGCGACCGAAGCGUUGGAGGAUCUGAACAUCGACGACGGCCAGACUAGUGAUGAAUAUGAUUUCAUGGAUGAUGCCGAUGAGACCAACGGGGCAAACACCCGAGGAGCAAGGAGGCACCGGGAGCCGAAGCUCAAGUACAUGCAAAUUCUGCAGGAUAUCGCAAACCGGGAUAAAUCUAAUAUCUUGAUUGAGUUGGAUGACCUGUCAAUUUUCGAGAAAUCCUUACCCGAGGGAGAAGACCUGAAGCUCGUCGAAUCUAUCGAAAAGAACACAAAGCGCUAUAUCGAUGUUAUCUCUCAGGCGGUCGAUGAUGUUAUGCCUAGGGAGACAAAGGAUGUCACGUUUAAAGAUGAUGUGCUUGAUGUGAUCAUGUCCCAGCGCGAGAAGCGAAAUGAGACUAUGGAGACUGCAAUGGAGGCCGACAUGGAAGCUGCUGCGACUGCCCCAUCGAUGUUCCCUCCCGAGCUCACCCGCAGAUAUACCCUCAACUUCAAGCCCCUCACACCUUCGGGGUCUAGCGCCGAGCGCGAUUCCAAAGCCCUCGCCGUCCGUUAUGUGCGCGGUGAGCACCUGGGUACCUUGAUUACAGUCCGUGGUAUCACCACCCGUGUCUCAGAUGUCAAACCGGCUGUACAGAUCAACGCCUACACCUGCGAUCGCUGUGGUUGCGAAGUGUUCCAGCCCAUCACCACCAAGCAAUUCCUUCCCUUGACCGAGUGUCUAUCGGAGGAAUGCAAGAAGAACAACUCGAAGGGUCAGCUCUUCCUGUCAACUCGUGCAUCGAAGUUUGUUCCCUUCCAGGAGGUGAAGAUCCAGGAAAUGGCCGACCAAGUCCCCGUGGGCCAUAUUCCUCGCACUUUGACUAUUCACUGCCACGGCGCUCUGACUCGCCAACUGAACCCCGGUGACGUUAUCGAUGUGGCAGGCAUCUUUUUGCCCACUCCCUACACUGGUUUCCGGGCUAUUCGCGCUGGCCUGCUGACUGACACCUACUUGGAGGCUCAGCACAUCACCCAGCACAAGAAGUCCUACAAUGAGAUGGGUAUGGAUAGCCGUACUCUCCGCAAAAUUGAGCAGCACCAGCGUUCCGGUAAUAUGUAUGAGUAUCUUUCACGGUCGAUUGCACCCGAGAUCUACGGACACCUUGAUGUCAAGAAGGCAUUGCUAUUGCUCCUGAUUGGCGGUGUAACGAAAGAGAUGGGCGACGGCAUGCACAUCCGCGGAGACAUCAACAUCUGCUUGAUGGGUGACCCUGGUGUAGCCAAGUCCCAGCUUCUUCGAUACAUUACCAAGGUUGCUCCUCGUGGCGUGUACACCACCGGACGAGGAAGCAGUGGUGUCGGUCUCACCGCCGCAGUCAUGAGAGAUCCUGUCACAGACGAGAUGGUGCUGGAGGGAGGUGCCCUUGUUCUUGCAGACAACGGUAUCUGCUGUAUUGAUGAGUUCGACAAGAUGGAGGACUCGGACCGGACAGCUAUUCACGAAGUGAUGGAACAGCAGACUAUCUCCAUCUCCAAGGCCGGUAUCACAACUACCCUCAACGCCCGUACUUCCAUUCUGGCAGCGGCCAACCCGCUAUAUGGUCGCUACAACCCUCGGGUGUCACCCGUGGAGAACAUUAACCUGCCCGCCGCUUUGCUCUCUCGUUUCGAUGUCAUGUUCUUGCUUCUGGAUACCCCGUCCCGCGAGGGCGACGAGGAGCUGGCCCACCACGUCACCUACGUCCACAUGCACAACAAGCACCCGGAGAGUGAAGAAGCCGGCGUGUUGUUCACUCCCCACGAGGUCCGUCAGUACGUUGCCAAGGCACGCACAUUCCGCCCUAUUGUGCCUACCAACGUUUCUGACUACAUGGUUGGUGCUUAUGUGGCCAUGCGCAAGAGACAAAAGAUCGAUGAGUCCAAGAAGAGGCAGUUCUCUCACGUCAGUCCCCGUACUUUGCUCGGUAUCGUUCGUCUUUCUCAGGCACUUGCUCGUCUUCGCUUCAGUGAGGAGGUUGUUCGCGAGGAUGUCGACGAGGCUCUACGUCUCAUUGAGAUCAGUAAGGCUUCUUUGUACAAUGAUGGCGAGCACGGCGCCGACAACACCCCAUCCAGCAAGAUCUACAACUUGAUCCGCAGCAUGAAGGAGAGUGGUGCAGCUGCUGUUGGAGAUGGCGAGGAAGGCGAGAUGAGCAUGAGACGUAUUCGUGAGCGUGUGCUGGCCCGAGGCUUCACCGAGGAUAACCUCACCAUGACUAUCGAUGAAUAUGCCGAGAUGAACCUCUGGCAAGUCACAGGCAACGGCACACGUCUGCUCUUUACUGAAGUUGACGGCGAUAUGGACAUGUAAUUGUGGAAGUCUCCCAUUCUGUUUUUCUCUUCUUAAAUGUCGAUCGGGCUUUUUAUACGUGUUGAAGAUGCAUGUGAAACUGGCUGAAAUUAAGGCGACGGGUGUUUGGGUGUAUUCUUGGGGAAAUGGAGUCGGUUCUUAUGAUUUCGUAGGGUCAAUUAAGAAGAUAUUCCCAAUCUACUUGUUUAAA